AUGAAAUUCUCUUUGAUACAAUUCAUACUAUUGGCGACAAUGUACGGAACUAAGGAUGUAUCUACUGUGCCUACGUUCACAGACGCUGAAAUCACCAACUUAAUCGAUUCACAACCAGUCGCAACACAACAUGAAGGGGAAUCUCUAGAAACCAGAAGGCGAAUAUUUGACGAGUGGUUUGAAACAGUAAGGGAGGACUACAUGAAAGAACUUGAACAGCAAAAUGCUUCACUCUAA